CGCCCUCCCCCAGGGUUGUGGCCACGCGCAGCGGCGGCGGUUGUUCCGCUUCCCCUCCGGCCCGGGCCGUCGCCAUUGCCGAAGGCUCCCUCCCCUCCCCUCCCUGGCGGCCGCAGGGCUCCGCCGCCGCUGGGCCUAGCGGUAGCAGCGGCUGCUCCAGCGCGGCGUCUCUUCCCGCCCCGCUUCCCCUUCCCUCCCCUCCCCUCCCCGCGCCGCGCGCUGGCCCGGGGCGGCUCCGCAGCUCGCCGGGAGCUCUGACCGAGUCGCCUCGCUGGGGCGGGGACCUUGCCUCGCCUUGGGCCAUUUCAUAAUUCUGAAUCAUGUCUGAUAACGGAGAACUGGAAGACAAGCCUCCAGCACCUCCUGUGCGAAUGAGCAGCACCAUCUUUAGCACUGGAGGCAAAGACCCUUUGUCAGCCAAUCACAGUUUGAAACCUUUGCCCUCUGUUCCAGAAGAGAAAAAGCCCAGGCAUAAAAUCAUCUCCAUAUUCUCAGGCACAGAGAAAGGAAGUAAAAAGAAAGAAAAGGAACGGCCAGAAAUUUCUCCUCCAUCUGAUUUUGAACACACCAUCCAUGUUGGCUUUGAUGCUGUUACUGGAGAAUUCACUGGCAUGCCAGAACAGUGGGCUCGAUUACUACAGACCUCCAACAUCACCAAACUAGAGCAAAAGAAGAAUCCUCAGGCUGUGCUGGAUGUCCUAAAGUUCUACGACUCCAACACAGUGAAGCAGAAAUAUCUGAGCUUCACUCCUCCUGAGAAAGACGGCUUCCCUUCUGGAACACCAGCGCUGAAUGCCAAGGGAACAGAAGCACCCGCAGUAGUGACAGAGGAGGAGGAUGAUGAUGAAGAGACUGCUCCUCCCGUUAUUGCCCCACGACCGGAUCAUACGAAAUCAAUUUACACACGGUCUGUAAUUGACCCCGUUCCUGCACCAGUUGGUGAUUCAAAUGUUGAUGGUGGUGCCAAGUCUUUAGACAAACAGAAAAAGAAGACUAAGAUGACAGAUGAAGAGAUUAUGGAGAAAUUAAGAACUAUUGUGAGCAUAGGUGACCCUAAGAAAAAAUAUACAAGAUAUGAAAAAAUUGGACAAGGGGCUUCUGGUACAGUUUUCACUGCUACUGACGUUGCAUUGGGACAGGAGGUCGCUAUCAAACAAAUUAAUUUACAGAAACAGCCAAAGAAGGAAUUGAUCAUUAACGAGAUUCUGGUGAUGAAAGAAUUAAAAAAUCCCAACAUAGUUAACUUCUUGGACAGUUACCUGGUAGGAGAUGAAUUGUUUGUGGUCAUGGAAUACCUUGCUGGGGGGUCACUCACUGAUGUGGUAACAGAAACCUGCAUGGACGAAGCACAGAUUGCUGCUGUAUGCAGAGAGUGUUUACAGGCGUUGGAGUUUUUACAUGCUAAUCAAGUGAUCCACAGAGACAUCAAAAGUGACAAUGUACUUUUGGGAAUGGAAGGAUCAGUUAAGCUCACUGACUUUGGUUUCUGUGCCCAGAUCACCCCUGAGCAGAGCAAACGCAGUACCAUGGUCGGAACGCCAUACUGGAUGGCACCAGAGGUGGUUACACGGAAAGCUUAUGGCCCUAAAGUUGACAUAUGGUCUCUGGGUAUCAUGGCUAUUGAGAUGGUAGAAGGAGAGCCUCCAUACCUCAAUGAAAAUCCCUUGAGGGCCUUGUACCUAAUAGCAACUAAUGGGACCCCAGAACUUCAGAAUCCAGAGAAACUUUCCCCAAUAUUUCGGGAUUUCUUAAAUCGGUGUUUGGAAAUGGAUGUGGAAAAAAGGGGUUCAGCCAAAGAAUUAUUACAGCAUCCUUUCCUGAAACUGGCCAAACCGUUAUCUAGCUUGACACCACUGAUCAUGGCAGCUAAAGAAGCAAUGAAGAGUAACCGUUAACAUCACUGCUGUGGCCUCAUACUCUUUUUUCCAUUUUCUACAAGAAGCCUUUUAGUAUAUGAAAAUUAUUACUCUUUUUGGGGUUUAAAGAAAUGGUCUGCAUGACAUGAAUGAAAGAAGCAAAUGACUAUUCUCUGAAGACAACCAAGAGAAAAUUGCAAAAAGAAAAGUAUGACUUUUAUAUGAACCCCUUAGGGUCCAAAAGGAAUUGUGGACUGAAUCACUAGCCUUAGGUCUUUCAGCAAACAGCCUAUCAGGGCCAUUUAUCGUGUGUGAGAUUUGCAUUUUACUUGCUGACUUUGUUGUAAUAGAUCCCAUUCAUUGUCUCCUUUGGGGUAUUUCCAAUACUUGAACGGCAGAUUGGAGUUUUUCAGAGUAUUCGUUUCAUCUGCUAGUCUUUCUCUCCUUCGUAGCUUUCCUUUCCCUGGACUUGCUCCUUUUGAGUUGCUUUUGAGUUUCUCAUGCCUAGGCAAGUGUAAUAGAAAUUAUGCAGCUCCUUAUGUUGGCAAAGGAGCUCUAUAUAGUUUCACUUUGUAUAAAAGUUAGGACCAGCUGUUGUUACAUGUAAUAUUUUAGUUCAGAACUUGACGUGAAGGAAGGGAAGAAAAAAUAUGUGAUUUUUACCUUUUUUAACAAAUGUGAAAAAGUCAAUUUUAGAAAUUUCGUGAUAGUAAGUUUGGCAUUUGUUACAUGUAUAGAGAGAAGACUAAUAAUCUCUAUUUAUAGCUAAAUCAUUGAGAUAGAAGAAGAUUCCCAUUGACCGUACACUUCUUCCCGUUUUGUCUUCCCUUCUGCCUGUUUCCCCUUCAGGUUUGGCUCUAGGAACCAAAGUGAUUUGUUCUUGUUCCAGCCUGGGCUUUAUGACUUUGGUUAGUGCCACUACCUUCCUCUUCCCUCCUCUCCCCCUUCAAUUUGGAAAUAAAUUUCUGUAUAUGUUGCAAUUUUAGGUUUAGGUUUGUUCUUUUUGUUUUUCAUUAAUCCUCUCUCACCUCACAGAUACCCCCCUCCCAUGGCAAAUAAUACAAUAACCGGUGAAUUUUCGCGAAUUUAAAAUUAGCUUUUUUCCACUUAAAGGAGAAAAAUAUUUUGGACUAGCAGCAGAGGCAGAGUGAGAGACGUGAACCUUGGUGAGCUCUGAUAUAGUGAGAAGAGACUAUACUCAUGAAAGAGAAUGUUAGUGUUACAGAGAAGCAGCUGAUAGCAAAUCAACCGUGGAGACGCGGCGGCGGCGGCAUUGCCCCAGGUCGUCAGCAGUGUGGUGUUAUCUAUGAGAACUUGAGCAACAGAGUAUUUCUUGGUGAAUUUAGAGAUCAUUUGAGAUGUUGAGUUACUUUAGUUUUGUUUCUUUUUUUCAAAUAAGUAGAGACUAUUAAUGUAAAAAACGAGAAAGGAAAAUGAAAUGUGCGUGUUGAGAGCAAUAAUUUGUUUCUUUUAAAGAUUCUAAAAGGUCUGAGACCUGUAGCAUUAAUUAUUGGAGUGCCCUCCCUUCUCCCCUCCCCUCCCUUUCUCUUCUCUUCUUUCCUCUCCUCUCCUUCUCCUUUCUUCAUUGUUUUGCUUUAGGAGUAGGUGUUGUUCAAGUAUCUGUGGUUUGGUUCUGGCAUUUUGUUCCCACCAUCCCCUUCCCCCAUUAACUUCCCCCCUGCUUGCCAUCCUGCAGUAAUAUAAAUCAUGAAUAAAAAAUAAUUUUGCUGUUGUAGUAUACAUUGGGGAAACUAGCAGGUUUUAUUUCCAUUAUUUUAUUUCCACUAUAUCUAUGAUAAGAUACAAUUAUAAGGAGAGAAGUGACUGUUUUUUAUUGAUAAGGCAAGGUUUUCAGAAAAAUGAGUAAAAUAAUUAAUGAAA